AUGCUGACACUCAUAGUCGUUUUCGGGCCGGCGGCCACCAAGUGGUAUGGCAUCCUGCAGAAGUAUAUCAAUGUCGGGUCAAAGAAUGCGACAAUCGCCGCUCGAGUGGCAGCAGACCAGAUAGUCUUCGCCCCUUGCAACCUGGCCCUUUUCCUAACCACCAUGUCAGUAAUGGAAGGUGGCGAUCCUAAAGAAAAGCUUCGAAAGACCUGGCUGCCAGGACUCGAGGCGAAUUGGGUCCUGUGGCCAGCGGUUCAAGCGGUCAACUUCAAGAUGGUACCGUUGCAGUAUCAAGUGCUGGUUGUGAACAUGGUCAGUCUUGGUUGGAACUGCUUCCUGAGUUGGUUGAACAGUUCGACAUAA